AUGUCUAUUCUUAAGCUGGUCGAGGACCGGCCAACACCUAGUGCGGUCUACAACUGGAGAAUUUAUCUACUGGCAGCGGUGGCUUCAUGCACAUCCUGUAUGAUUGGCUACGACAGUGCUUUCAUCGGCACUACACUCUCUCUCGACUCCUUCAAGAGCGAGUUCCGCUUCGCUGAAAUGUCUGACUCUACCAGGAAUCUGAUCAGUGCCAAUAUCGUCUCCUGCUACCAGGCUGGUGCCUUUUUUGGUGCUUUCUUCGCGUAUCCAAUCGGUCACUUCUGGGGUCGUAGGAUUGGCCUAUUAGCCGCUGGUCUGGUUUUCACUCUCGGUGCUGGCAUCAUGGUUGGUGUAAAUGGCGACCGAGGACUUGGUCUCCUUUACGGCGGCCGAGUUCUUGCUGGUCUUGGUGUCGGAGCAGGCUCUAACAUCACCCCCAUCUACAUCUCCGAAUUGUCUCCCCCAGCUAUUCGUGGUAGAUUGGUUGGUGUGUAUGAGCUGGGCUGGCAGAUUGGUGGUCUUGUAGGAUUCUGGAUCAACUUUGGUGUCGACGAAACCAUGGAGCCUAGCCACAAGCAAUGGCUCAUUCCUUUUGCUGUUCAGUUGAUUCCUUCUGGUCUCUUGCUCAUCGGUUGCUGGUUCAUCCGGGAAUCGCCCCGUUGGCUCUUCGGGCGCGGUCGCCGCGAGGAUGCUAUCAAGAAUCUCUGUUGGAUUCGCCAGUUGCCCGAGGACGAUAUCUAUAUGAUCGAGGAGAUCGGUGCUAUUGACCAGGCUCUGGAGGAACAACGCCGUAGCAUUGGAAUUGGUUUCUGGAAACCAUUCAAGGCGGCCGGGACCAACAAGAAGGUCAUGUGGCGUUUGUUCCUUGGAAGCGCGUUGUUCUUCUGGCAAAAUGGAUCUGGCAUCAAUGCCAUCAAUUAUUACAGCCCGACUGUCUUCAAAUCGAUUGGUGUCAAAGGUACCAACACGAGUCUGUUCACCACUGGAAUUUUCGGUGUAGUGAAGACUGUGGUGACUUUCAUUUGGCUGCUCUGGCUCAUUGAUCACGUUGGUCGCCGUAACCUAUUGUUGAUUGGCGCAGCAGGUGGUUCAGUCUGUUUGUGGGUUGUUGGUGCAUACAUCAAGGUUGCCAAACCCGAAAAUAACAAGAGUGAUACUUUGAGCGGUGGUGGCAUCGCAGCCAUGUUCUUCUUCUACCUGUGGACGGUUUUCUAUACCCCAACCUGGAACGGUACACCAUGGGUUCUCAACUCUGAAAUGUUCGACCCCAACAUGCGUUCCCUAGCACAGGCCUGCGCUGCUGCCUCUAACUGGCUGUGGAACUUCCUCAUCUCGCGCUUCACCCCGCAAAUGUUCACAGCCAUGGGAUACGGUGUAUACUUCUUCUUCGCAUCAAUGAUGAUGAUCUCGAUCGUCUUCGUGUUCUUCCUCGUGCCCGAAACCAAGGGUAUUCCUCUUGAGAGCAUGGACCAGCUAUUCGACAUCAAGCCCGUGCGACAUGCACAUGGCAAGAUGGUCGUCCAGCUGCGUGAAAAUGAAGAGAUGUUCCGCCAUGAUGUUGAAGCUGCCGGCAUUGACGUGGGCAAGGUGCAACCUGAGCAAAUCGAGGAUACUGCGGAUCAGCCAAAGUAUGCUUGA